UGGUCGAAUUGGCCGAGAUGUCUGUGAAAUGAUUUUCAUGACUUUUCCCAGAGGAGAGUUUUGUGGAGCUCUCGUUAAAGCAUCAUUUGUUAGUUGUCACGUGACUCUUCAUUAUAAAUAACACCAAUUUGGCUCAGGUUACUAAUCGUCGCUAAUGUAGUCGUGGGAAAAUAUAUUUUCUAUUUUGCAUAUUUUAAAAUCUCAAGAGCUGGAGUGACAGAAUUUCUUCCAACCUUUCGAGAAAGUUCUGCGAUAUUUUUAGCACAAUUUUCUUCGAUGAUCUCUUAACUUACGGACCACAGCGGUUUUCAAGCCAAAACUAAGACAAACAAGGACAAGAAAAUACUGACGAAGGGAAAUUGCGUGGAUUGUAGCAAGCAUCCUGAGUUGGUUAUCAAGUCAUGAAAUGGAUAAUUCUAGAUUUAGAAGAAUAACUUUUGUUUUCGUGGUAGAUAAGAUGUAGUGAUUUUUUUGUUGCUAUCCAGCGUCGAUCACAAGUUUUCUAACUCUCGGAAUGAGUGUGUCAGCAGAAAAGCAGACUCAUCUAAGCGGCCAUAAGUGGCACAUUUCCGAACUUGAAUUUAGUCCUGAUGGACUUCAUCUCGCAUCCAGUAGCUGGGAUAAAACUUUGCGGAUAUGGGAUCUUAGUACGCUGGAAUCAGUGUUUGUCUUGAGGCAUCAUCGCAGCCCUGUGACCUGUCUUUCUUGGCAACCAGGAGUGGGGACCGCGGGUUGUCUUGGCGUACUUGCUUCGGGUUCUGCAGAUAGUACGGUGGCUUUGUGGAGCGGGGAGACAGGCAAACUUCUGCAGGCACUUUCACCUCAUAAAGGAUGGGUGUUGGGUACUUCCUUCUCGAGCGAUGGCACUUUACUAGCUUCUGCUGCUUGGGACAAAACUGUUUGUCUAUCCGAUGCGCGUACGGGACAAAUGUUGCAGAAACUGACGGGGCAUUCAACUGGUGUAUGGACUUGUGCCUUCCAGACGAGCAUCGGUGCGGGUCUACUUUGUUCAGGCGCGGAUGAUGGCUCUUUAAAGAUUUGGGACACGCGAACAGCAAGCUCAGUGAUGAGUUUGGUAGGAGGACACGAAGAUAGCGUGAAAUGUUGUGCUUGGUCUCCAGAUGGCAGUUACAUCGCCUCUGGUGCUACUGAUAGCAAGAUUUCUUUGUGGGAACCAAGAAGUGGAACCUUGCUGAUCAAAAUCAGAGGGCAUGAAGAUGCUGUAAAUAAGUUGCAGUUUUAUCCUGUUAUCAGUAGCAAAUCAGUGCCACUGAUUUUUUCUGUUGGAGACAAUUCAUGCCGUGCAUGGCAUCCAUUGAGGAAGCGUGGAAAACAGCUUCAGAUGAUCAAACAGCACAGGGUGGGAUCAGAGGUGGAAGCCCUUUCUCUGUCCCCAGAUGGGACUCUAUUAGCUACAGGUGCUCGUGACAAAGACAUCAUUUUGUCUUCAUUGGAUGUCUCUCUGACUGAGGUUGAUGCACUUCCUAUUGAGGAUCAGAAUGAAGCUGCAAUAAACUAUGGCGCUACACUGUGGAAGAAGUACACCCGUAAAGUUAUGCAGAGAAUACUUUGUGAACCUGGUGUAGGGACCGAUGAAAAUGAUGACUUUUCUCAAUCUUCAAAUAAUCCCAAAAACACAGCAUCCUUGGUUGGACGUGCCGUGAACAGGACUGAAAGUAAAGCAAAAGAAAAUUCUGUGGAGAAAGCAGUGAUACAUGUAAAUGAAGUUGAUAAAGAUGCUCAGUCUGAUGGUGUGUUACGAGAGCAGAGAGCAAGACUGCGCAAAAGUUCACGACCUGAGACCCCUUUAACCAAUGGUCCUGUAAACAAUUCAACACAUGAGAUAGAUGAAGUGCGACAACAACUGCGACAUGUAAAGCUUGACAAUCCCAUGCAAAAUGGGGUAACGAAUGGUCAUCAGUAUGCUGACACAAAUGGUCAGUUUUCCCAUUUUAAUUCUUUUGACAAAGGCCAGACAGGAAUAGACGAGAAUGGUGAGUCAUCACCCAAGAGAAAUGGAUAUCAUAGCCAUGGGGACAGCUCAAGUGCUGGCAGCAGCAGUUACUAUGGUGACAUAGAGGAUGUUGCCAAGGAUAUGUAUGAUUUGGCAAAUGGUGGAGAGGAUGCCAGACUUUAGACAGACCAGUUAUUUCCAAUUUUCUAGGUCUGAGAUGCACCAGAUUUCAAAAAAGUAUUGUCUCGUAACAAUAAAGGAAGAGUAAUGACUGAUUUGAAUCAGCAGAUGUUGAACAAUAAUCAAACUCUUUUUGACAGUGAAUCUUGAUAGCUUAGUGUACUGUGGUUGUAAAAUAUAGUUUAAUACAGUUCUUAAAUCAACAAGGCUCAAAAGUUUCAACUUGGCAUAAACAUACAUUACAUGUGGUGGUUAGUAGUGUAAUGACCAAUUUCUAGCAUUUUUGGAAGCUAAAAUGUCUGUUAAACAAAUCAGAGGAAGCAUGCAGCAUACAAAUUUUGAUAUACAACUUUUCAACAUCAUUCAAUAUCAUGGAGUAGCCAGAGGUAAAACUCCUCCAAAUCCAUGGAAAAGCUCAAUCUCUGACACAUAAUUUUGGUGCUGGUUAGAGUUCAUAUGCAAGGUAAUUUUAGCAACCUACCGGUAAUUCAUUGCUGCCACUUUCGACAAGAAUUUCUCAGCUCUUAAUCAAGGCUGGAUGAAAGUUUUUCAUUAUAAUAAUUACCAUCACCAUGAUUGUACAUUAAUAAUUUCUUAUUACCCCAUUUUUUAAGAAUAAGCUGUUACUGGACCA